UAUAUGUAUACUUGUAUAGUUGUAUUGUAUCAUGCAAACUGGUGAAGCUUAUUUUACUUCUCAAGGCAAAAUAACAUAAUUUAAAUGAGCCCGGUUGACAGUAUAACGGUAAAUGGUUUAUUCUGUUCGAACAUCACUCAUCCAGAGAUUUAUUAUUAGAAUUUAAUAUUAGUACUUGGAUAUCCAUGUGAUUGUCUUCUCAAGUUGCAAUAUUUUUGUUCCUUAUUGCACUAGUAUAUAACAUUCUCCACAUCUCAACAUUAAAAUUUAAGGAACUGCUACAUUUUCCACAUCUCUUAAUAUUCUGCCCUUUUUAGGGGAAAAAAUGAAGUUGACCAAAGAAAAUUAACAAGAAACAAAAUGCAUGAAAAGAAUAUUCCAGAUGUGACCCAUCAUGGUUUGUUAGGUGCAAUAAAAUAUGAAUCUUCAAAAAAAAAAAAUUGGCCUAACCUCUGUAGGUGAGAUUCCUGUUGCUCUUUUAGUUACAGAGUUGCAGUAUAAUAUGUUAUAUGAGAUAACAUACAAGAGCUUGUCUUUAGACAUUUGUGAUUUUGUACUUGAGCAGAUAAAAUGGAGUAUAACGAUGAAUAUAUGAAUGCAGGAUAUGGAGCCUUUUCUUUUGAGGAGGAUCCACUGUCGGAGGAUGAGAACGAAGAUAUACACCAUGCUGUUGAACAUUUUAUUUUUGAAUCAAACAGCUCAGAAUUGAGUUUUGAGGAGUCUUCUUAUACAGAGGAAGAUGAACAACUCACCGCGCCUACACAAGGCAGUAUGGAACAUUCAGAUGAAUCCACGAGGCAAAGGCGGAAAGGAACCCUGACAAAGAGAAGGAGCUGGUGGAGAAAACUAUUUAGCAGCCUAAACAUCUUCAAGAAAUCUAAGCAGUAUGAUGAAGCAUCAUGGGACUCUUCCUCAUCAGAAUCGGACUCCAACAGUCAUGUCGAUCAAGUCUGUGAUCUCUGCGAUGAAGCAAUGCCUUCUAAUCGGUUAUUGCCUUCCUAUUGGGGUCAGAAAAUCUGUAAUAAACAUGUGUCAGAUGGGACUCCGAUGUGCCUCAGCUGUCUCAGAUUCAAGAUAGGAAAUAUGAGAUAUGUCAACCUCAGUGAUGGUCGAAAACUUUGUUCUGACUGUCAUUGCACAGCAGUAAUGGACCCCAAGACAUUCAUUCCCCUUUUACGCGAAGUCUAUAGAUUUUACAAAGGAUUCAACAUGCAGGUCAUUGAGGAUAUUCCAAUCUUCUUAGUCGAUAACGAGGAGAUGAAAAGAAUUGCUCAUGAAAUUGGCGGAAAGGACCAGCCGGGAUACCCAGUGGGUGUUACCACAUACGCAUCAGGAUUCGUUGUGCGGAGUGUUGCGAGGUCAUACCAGAAAGGGGAAAACAUUCAUGUUGUGAAAGAGGUGCAGUACAUAGAACGUAUAUAUGAGGUGACAUCAAUGCUGAUAGUGUAUGGUUUCCCCAGGUUAGCCUUAGGCGCAACCAUGGCUCAUGAGAUGAUGCACGCAUGGAUGCGCAUUGAAGGGUACAAAGCAGGACUAAGAAAAGAAGUGAAUGAAGGUCUGUGUCAAGUAAUGGCACAUAAAUGGAUAGAUUAUUAUGCAUUUGUUGGAGAUGAUUUCUUACACACUACACCAGACCAAGCUGAGUUUCUGAGGAACUUGAAGGAGGUUUUGAAAAAUGAAAUAGAAAUUAGAAUGGACAAAAUUUAUGGUGGUGGUUUUAGAGAUGCUAAAUGGGCUAUUGAGAGAUAUGGCUUGAAGUAUACAAUGUCCCAUGUGGCUCAUACUGGAAACUUUCCUCGAUAACUUUGGUGCUGAACUCAGUUAGGACCUUGAGAUUUUGCAACAGCAAAUUUAUUGUGAAUUCCUUAAAAUUUUUGUCAUGUCGCACACUGCAUUUUCAAAUAGAUUGGUACGGUAUUGUCGUCCGAAUGUAUUAUAUUCAAAAGAUAUUUUAUUAUUAUUUUCAAAUAAUAGUUAGAGCAAGAAGUUCAAGAGCACCCAGCUCUUUAGAAGAAAAAAGAGGGUCACUCUAAACUCAUGGGAGCACUAUUUCUUCACAUGGUUUUUAAAUUUAAAAUUAAGAGCUUAUUUGAAGAGCUUUCUCGAAAUGCUAUAACCACCUAAAAAAGGAGUUCUAAUCUUGUACCCAGAAGAAUGUCCUAUCAUUCCUAUAAUUCUCAGUCCCACUGGCUUGUUCUAUAUUUCCAGUGCUAAUUAUUGCUUAAAAGGCAAAAACAGAGUUGCGCAAA